AUGGUGAUGUGCUUCUGCAGAAAGUGGGCGAUAGUUCGGACAUCGUGGACAGAUAACAACCCAGGGUGCCGAUUUUGGGGAUGUCCUGACCCGAGUUCAUCAUGUGGGUUUAUUGGGUGGUAUGAUGAACCCAUGUGUGCUCGUUCCAAAGUUAUAAUACCAGGACUGCUUAGGACAAUCAAUAAGCUACGAAAAGCAAUGGAUGAUAUCAAAGAACAAGCAAGCAAGCAUGAAAAAGCAAUGGAGAAGAUCAAAGAACAAGCAACUAUGUUGAAGUAUUACCUAGUCUAUAGUUGGAUUUUUUUUGUUGUUGUGUUGGUGUUCUUGUUGUAA